CGGUGGCGGGUGGGGCGGUGGCGGUUACCCGAAAUAGACUGGGAACUCUGUCGAGGCGCCCGCGCUGUCGAGGCGGUCCAGCGCAGAUUCCCACGGGGAGGGCUGAUCUGAAAAGCCUGCGGACUGUCGACUCCCCGUCUUGCCUCUUCCCCGACCACGCUGCGGAGCGAGCUUGGUCUCUCUCUCUCAGCCCCCUCAGCCUCCUCCUGCCUCCAGCCGUACGAUACCCCCGCUGUGCGCUGCUACAUUCCCCGUAAUCCCCCAUGGCCCACCACGACGCCUACCAUGACGCCCAGCACCGCGCCAGCCACCUCAAGGAGGCCGACGCGUUCGAGACAGAGGAGCUGGGGAUCCCGCUAGACUCACCGACCCCCGUCCCGUCGGUCUGCGGCCUGCCACUGAAAUACGUCUCCCUCGUGACUCUGGCAGUCCAAAAUGCCCUCUUGACGCUCAUAAUGCACUAUUCGCGCGUCUCCGCUGCGCCCUCAGAGACAUACUCGGCAGCUGCAGCCGUCCUCAUGACUGAGCUGCUCAAGGGCUCGAUAUCCCUCCUCGUCGCCUUCUCUCGACUAGACUGCACAGGCAGCUCACCUGCCUCAUCAUUAUGGAACCCGCGCACGCUCUUCUACCGCUUCAGACGGCUUGGCAAAGAGGUCUUUCGCCCGGAUUGCUGGAAGCUCUCUAUCCCCGCUAUCCUAUACGUCAUCCAAAAUAAUCUCCAGUUUGUGGCGGUGUCGAACCUGGAAGCGGCGACGUUCCAGGUGAGCUACCAAAUGAAGAUCCUCACGACCGCAGCCUUCUCCGUCGUGCUUCUGCGCAGGAAGCUCAGCCCUACCAAGUGGCUUGCGCUUCUCUUCCUCGCGAUCGGCGUGGGCAUUGUCCAGAUCCAGGGUGGUAGCUCGAACAAGUCAGAGUCGGUCUCGCACGAAAUGAACGCCCUCAAGGGUUUCAUGGCCGUCGUCGCAGCUUGCUUCACAUCAGGUCUCGCCGGAGUCUAUUUCGAGAUGGUGUUGAAGAACUCGCCUGGAGAUCUAUGGGUGCGCAACGUCCAGCUUUCCCUGUUCUCCCUUCUGCCUGCACUGCUCCCGGUCAUCGUAUCACGGAACAUUCCCACUGCGCCCGGCGCUCCCGUCGUGAGCCUGCAGUUGUUCGCGAACUUUGGCGUGUGGGCAUGGGCAACCGUGGCUGUCCAGGUCUUGGGCGGCCUGCUUACUGCGCUGGUGAUCAAGUAUGCGGACAACAUUCUCAAGGGCUUCGCGACCAGUCUCAGCAUCGUCAUCUCCUUCCUCGCAUCGGUCGCCCUUUUCAACUUCCGUAUGACCCUGACGUUCAUCCUCGGCUCGACCGUCGUCCUCGUCGCCACAUGGAUGUACAACCAGCCCGAUGCGUCGUCGUCUACCUCAUCAACCGACGGAAGUGCCAUCACUGCAGGGAAGAGCUGGAGCUGGCGGUGGCGGCGCCCAAGCCAACCCUCUCGGUCGUCUUCGGGCAUCGCUCUCGCGGGCGCGGCGCUCUCUCGUCGUGCAUCGACGUCAUCACUGUCAUCGCUGUCGUCCUUCCACAUGGCGAACAGGAGCAAUCCCACGUCCCCCGUCGAGCGAGAUGCUCCAAUCCUUGGGCAGCUUCUCGAGAAGAACCUUUUGACGUCAAGCAAGAAGCAGGAUGACCCAAGCCGCCUCAGCGUCGUGCUUUCUGCCUUCCCGCCCCUUCGCGCACUCAGCCGUCUCCUGUCGUCGCGCUCGCAUUCAUACACGCCUCUCCCCACGACGAGCCCCGGGUGUGCGCCCACCGCGUCCGCGCUCGUGUUCUCAGCAACGGACAACGCGUAUGCCUUCCCACCCGCGUUCCAGCCACAGCCAGUCCCCGCGACGUCAUCGUCAUCGAGCCUCGCCGCGCCGCAUCCACCGCUGUCGUCGCGCCCGCCGAGCGCGCUCUCGCACGCCUCGCGACCGGCCAGCGCUGCGAGCCACCACGCGCCGUCGCAGUCGGCGCCGUCGGACUUUGCGGCGCAUACACACCAAUGAUGUCGGCCAUACCCUGCCCCGCUGGGCCCGCGGGCGUUUCUCUUCCCGCCGCGCCUCAGCGCUAGUCGACAUCAUCCUGCUUGUGCACGCCCCGCACGUAUGCUCUCCCUUGCAUAGCACGGAGCACAUGCGUAGCCUUCCCAUGCCCGCGCCGUACGUAGACCAGCAGGCCUCUCUGCCACCGACGGCCGCGCCUGCACCAAGGCAUCAACCCCC